AUGCCAUCUUCAUCUGAUUCGGAAAAUCUGCCACUACUCAAUAAGAAUAACAAGACUAAUUCAGAUUAUACUAUAUCUUCAAGAUUAUCAACUACUUCGUCAUCGCCUCGUCAUUUGAAACAUACACAAUAUAGUUCGCCAGCUAGUUUAUUAAAUUUAAAAAGAUCACGUUCAGGUGGUAAUCUAUCAUCAAAUCAUAAUGAUGAAGAAGAAGGAAAUUCAUCUAAUUUUACAGAAUUUGAAGAAUUUCAACAUCCUAGAAGAAAUUAUUCAUUUGGUGCUAAAGAAUAUCAAAAUUUGAAUCCAGAUAAACCAUUAUAUCAACGUUUAUUAUCAAAUUAUCAAUCUGUCACCAAUCCACAGUCUCCAUUUGAUAGUCAUUAUGGAGGUGGUGGUCAUUAUUUACCACUAUUUUCAGCUGGAGAUUAUGAAGAACCUGGCAAAUCUUUUGAUCAUGAACAAAGAAGAAUGAGUAUAGUUGAAGUUGUUAAUAGUUUACGACCUACUAGAUUAAUUGGAAAUAUUCAACCAUUAGCUAAUUGGUAUGAAUAUUAUAAAUCAAAUAUAAAAUCAAUAAAGAAUAAACAAGUUAGAAAAUAUUUUGAAGAACAAAAUUAUCUAAUUGAAAAAUUUCAAGAAAUUGAUAAUUUCUUAGAUGCUGGUAAGAUUCAUUAUAAUAUGUUAACUCAAUAUGGAGCUGAUUCACUAAAAUUAAAUAAAAUAGCAGAAGAAGAUGAGAGUAAGAAUGGAAUUGUUACAACUAAUAAAGCUACUGAUUUAGAACAUGGAGAUUCUACUACAACUUCAAAAUAUUCAAGAUUUUAUGAUGUUCCAGGUAAUGUAGAUCAUGAUGGUUCUAAAUUUUUAGGUUAUAAUGAAGAAGAAAAUAAUUCACAAAUUUUAGCUGCUAUUUUAAUAAAUUUUUUAAUUAAUGUUUUAUUAAUGAUUGGUAAAAUAGUGGUUGCAAUUUUGACAAAUUCAAUGUCGGUAAUUGCAUCAUUAGUCGAUUCAGUUUUAGAUUUCUUAUCUACAUUUAUUAUUUAUAUAGUUAAUAGAUUGGCUGCUCAAAAUGAUUGGAAAGUGAAACAUUCAUAUCCAAUAGGAAGAUCAAGAUUAGAACCAUUAGGAGUAUUAAUUUUUUCAAUCAUUAUUGUAAUUUCGUUUUUUCAAGUUGGUCAAGAAUCUUUUAAACGAUUAUUUUUUUCAGAUCCAAAAAAUAGAAUACCUGCUGCUAUCGGAAUUGAUGCAAUUGUAAUUAUGACAGUCACAAUAAUUGCCAAAUUUGGAUGUUGGAUAUGGUGUAAAAGUAAUAAAUCAAGUUCAGUUCAAGCAUUAGCACAAGAUGCAAUGACUGAUGUUGUAUUUAAUUCAGUAUCUUUAUUAAUGCCUACAAUUGGUCAUUGGUUUAAUAUUUGGUGGUUUGAUCCAUUAGGUGCAUUAAUAUUAUCAAUUUAUAUUAUAAUUAAUUGGGGAAUAACUGCUUUUGAACAUAUAAAUAAUUUAACUGGUGCUGCUGCUGAUACUUUAGAUUAUAAAGUGAUUUUAUAUUUAGCUUAUAGAUUUGCUGAACCAAUUAAACAAAUUACAGCAUUAAAAUGUUAUCAUGUGGGAGAUAAUUUAAACGUUGAAAUUGAUUUGGUUUUUGCUAAUGAUAAAAAUUUAAGUUUUAAAGAUUGUCAUGAUUUAGCUGAAGCUUUACAAUAUUCAAUUGAAAGUUUACCAAAUGUAGAAAGAGCAUUUGUUCAUAUUGAUUAUAUGUCAAAUAAUUAUCGUGGGCACUUAAAAUAA